UAACUUCAACUAUGGUUCUGCAGGCAGCCCAUAAAAUAAUUACCCUAAACUGAAAUUUUGCAUGUGUGUAUAAAACAGCUGGAUUUUUACAAAUUGCAACGUCCAAAAGCGACAGGUUCGUCUCCGAUUCUCAAAAAUAACAACGCAUAAUCAUUGAAUUUUCAUCCAAAAAUCAAUCAAAAUCCCUUGGAAUUGAAGGUUUUUUUUUUUAAAAUUAUUUUUUCUCUCACGAAAAUUCCCCGAUUUUAUUUCUCUUCGCUUUCGCGCUCUAGAUGGAAGUCACAAUCUUCCAUCACGAGCACAUAAUUCACCGUUUCCAAACCCUAAUUUCACCCUAGACCGAGAAAGGGGAAAAAAAGAGAAAGAAACUCUCUUGGUUUGACCAAUUCGCUGCGAAUUUGGAUUGAAACGGCGGCGAAUUGAGGAAAGGACGAGAUGUUUGGCGCGUGGAAUAAUUUUGCGAAAUCGGCUGAGGCGGUGGUUUCACGGUGGGCGGUGAAGAGGGUGUUUAAAUUUUUGUUGAAGAAGAAGCUUGGGCAAUUUAUUUUAGGGGAUAUUGAUUUGGACCAACUCGAUGUUCAGCUUACAGAAGGCACCAUCCAGCUCUCUGACCUCGCCCUCAACGUCGAUUAUCUUAAUCGGAAGAUUGGUCCAGCAGCAUCUUUGGUCAUAAAAGAGGGGUCUAUUGGCUCUUUAUUAGUUAAAAUGCCUUGGAAGGGUAAAGGAUGUCAAGUUGAGGUUGAUGAACUUGAGCUGUUGCUUGCCCCUUGCUCGGAGGAUCAUUUAACAAGUGCAGAUCAGACUUGUAGUUCCAAUGAUGAUGGUAAUGAUUAUAAUUACACCGACUUAGGGAAAUUUUCAAAUGAAAUGGCAGGAAGUUCUAGGAAUCCUGAUAAUGUCCAUGAAGGUGUAAAGACAAUUGCAAAGAUGGUAAAAUGGUUUCUUACAAGCUUUAAUGUAAAGAUUAAAAAGUUAAUAGUUGCAUUUGAUCCAUCUCUAGAGAAGGGUGAAAAACUGGGCUUCCACAGGACUUUGGUGCUUCGGAUAUCAGAAAUAGAAUGUGGAACUUGUGUCUCUGAAGAUUCUGGUUUAGGUGAUGAAGGUAGAGAUCACAGUUUUCUUGGAAUUAGCCAACUUACAAACUUCGUUAAAUUCCAUGGAGCUGCACUUGAGCUUCUUCAGAUGGAGGAUGUUGACAAUAAAUCCUGUGCUUCACACACAUCAGGAAUGACUUUUUCUGGAUUGCAGUCCUGUUCUCCAUCAAAUGCUGCUAUUCGAAUCCUGUCAGGGAAAGGAGGUGGAUUUUCAGGGAAUUUGAAGCUUAGCAUUCCCUGGAAGAAUGGUUCCUUGGACAUUCGCAAAGUGGAUGCAGAUGUUUCCAUUGAUCCAGUAGAAUUAAGAUUUCAACCUAGCAUAAUUAAAUGGUUCUUACUUUCGUGGGAAACUUGCAAGAAGUUUGACAAGGUUGAGAAUAGUAUGCACUAUGAGACAGCAGACUCUAUAUACUUAAAUUCCAAUUCUCAAUUCCAAUCACCAGCACAUGCUUCUGCCAUGGCUGUCAUUGAUGAAGUUGUAGAAAAUCAUGGAAGGUUUUCUGCAGACUGUAAUUCCUUGCGUGUUCAAGAAUCUGUUGAUGAAGUUUUGCUACCUGGUUCGCGUUUUAUACCUAAUUGGGUACCAAUUUCCAUUGGUAAAAACAAGAGGGACUGUGUUGGAGAAGAAGUUGACUUUGGUGCAAGCGUGGACCAAUUUUUCGAGUGUUUUGAUGGAAUGAGAAAUUCACAAUCAGCUUUGGGAAGUAGUGGAAUGUGGAACUGGACGUGCUCUGUUUUCAGUGCAAUAACUGCUGCAUCCAGCCUUGCAUCUGGAUCUUUGUAUAUUCCUUCUGAACAGCAGCACGUUCAAACUAAUCUUAAAGCAGCCUUUGCUGGAAUUUCUAUUGUGUUGUCCUUUCAUGAUGAAGAUCUGGAUCAUUUGUGUGAUCUAAUAGAUCUCAAUUCAAACAUUCAUUAUUUGGGCAUAGAAUGCAGGGAUAUCUCUGUUCGCAUGCAGGUAUGUCCUCAAGAAAUGAGGUUCGAAGGAACAAUGGUGCAUGUUGAAGCUGCUGAUUAUUUCUUCUGCAAGGAUGGAGGGGAUGGUAGCAGUAAUGUUGACAGUAAAACCUUUAAAAUCAGAAAUCUGCAAGAUGAGGUUCACCAUGCUCUUCCUCUGUUUUCCUCGUCUACGGGAGAUCAAUCAUCAGGUGUAUUCUGCGAGUUAGUUUCUACUGAUUUUCCACUCAGAGGCAAGGGUGAUAUGGUCAAAAUUAUGUUGUUUACAACCUCUGGGGUGACUCACUGCCAUUGUACUGUGAGGUCUAGUUCAUCUGGUGGUGGGUUUUCAGGGAAAACUUCUUUCUUACUGAAACUGCCACCUCUAACUUUUUGGUUUAACUUCUCCUUGCUAAAAAUGUUAUCGGAGCUCUUGAAGGAAGUUGGAAAAUCUACGGAAAUAGGUAAUAACAAAAAAGCCUCAUAUGAUGCUUGCUAUGAGAAUUCUGAAUCAUCUCAUCCUCGUGUGAAAAGAAGUUCUAGCACUUGCAUUACAACCUUGCCUUCAGCAGAAACGUUACGAGGCAACAUAUUAAUCUCCAAUGCAAGAGUAAUUCUCUGUUUCCCUUUUAAGAGUGAUGAUGAUGAUGAUGGAAGAUACACUUCAUGGGAUCAAUUUAUUGUUCUUGAUAUUUCUUCACCAUCACCAUCAAAGGGUGGAAUGCAAGACAAUAGUCCACAUCUUGAUGGAAGUCUGCAGAAACAAUUUCCCUCAGCUGGCACACGCUCUUUGCAUCUGAACUUUGGUAAUCUUUGCUUAUACUCAGUCAUAUCUGCUCAUAAAGAUGGUAGUGGAAUUGACUAUGGUGGCAUGCAGAGGCAUAAAUUUUCUUCUCAAAAGAUUCUAUCUGUCAGCAACAGGAGUGGGUGUCUUUCCUUCAUUAGUAUCUUUUGGCAGGAGGGUCCUGUGACUGGCCUUUGGAUAGCAGAGAAAGCCAAGUUCUUAGCGACACAAGAAGAAAGCAGGAGUGGAAGUAAAUCCAUAGGAAAAGGUUAUGAAUUUGCCACUGUUACCACUGUGAAAGAUCUUGAUGAUCUAAGUGUUCAAACCCGCCAGGAGAUAAUCUUUAGCACCACAUGCUUUGCUCACAUUCAUUUGUCUUCUGUUAUGGUUGACCUCGACAGUUCACAGUAUAGUGGUUUGCAUAACCUUUUAAAACAGAUUAUUACUGGAUUAUCGUGUUUCUCAUGUGAUGCAACUGGUACCAAAGAAGAGGAUUCGAUGCCUCAAACAUCAGUUCUUCUGGAAUGCGAUUCUGUAGAAAUUUCAAUCAAACCAGAUGCAGUUGAAAAUGUGAAAGCUCCCAUGCAGAGUGAACUUCCAGGUUCAUGGGGUUGUCUGAGACUGAACAUUCAGAAAUUCGAUUUACUAUCUGUCUCAAAUAUUGGUGGUAUUACGGGUUCCAGUUUUCUAUGGUUAACCCACAGUGAGGGUACAUUAUGGGGUUCAAUCUCUGGGGCUCAAAAUCAGGAGUUUCUUUUAAUCUCAUGUAGUGAUUCUGCAAUGAAACGUGGUGAUGGAGGAGGUUCAAAUGCUUUAUCUUCUAGGUUAGCUGGUUCAGAUAUUGUAAACUUCUGGGAGCCAGAGAGCUGCCAAGAUUUUACAUCUAUAACUGUGAGGUGCAGCACAAUUGUUGCUGUAGGUGGUCGUUUGGACUGGAUGGAUGUGAUAUGCUCCUUUUUCAGCUUGCCUUCGGUGGAUCCUGAACAAUCUGUUGAGCAUAAUUUACCAAAGGGAGAUUUAGACACUCCCCCUCGCAGAGCUUCAUUUGUUCUUAAAUUGGUUGAUAUUGCCGUGAGUUAUGAACCCCACUUAAAGAACUUGACUGUUCAUAGUGAAGUUCUUGAUUCAAAUUCUGCUUAUUCAAAUGGCAAAGAAGACAUGUCUGAAUCUUAUGUAGCUUGUCUGCUAGCUGCAUCUACCUUCUGUCUUUCAAAUUCAAUGGUGGCAGAUUCCCUAGAUAAUGAAUAUAAAAUUAGAGUGCAAGAUCUAGGUCUUCUUCUUCGUGAAGUCUUUGAGUGUGACAAACUUGGGGAUUCUUAUAGUGCCGAACAACUUAAUGGGGAUGGUUAUGUUAAAGUUGCUCGAGAGGCACUUAUUGAAGCUGUUGUAAAAACUAACUGUAGCAAUGGCCUUCUGUGGAUGGUAGAGUGUUCUAAUUCUCAAAUUUAUGUUGAAACCUGCCAUGACACCACAUCUGGUUUGAUUCGCCUGGCCGCUCAAUUCCAACAGUUAUUUGCCCCUGAUGUGGAGGAGUCUGUUCUGCACUUACAAACACGGUGGGAUAAUUAUCAGAUGGCACAACAGAGGACUGAUGAGAAAAGUAGAGACCUAAAUUCGGACAUUAGCCCAUCUUCUCAAAUUCAUACUGCUACUGUAGAGUUAGAGGGUAAAUGUGGGGUGGCUGGCUUGAUGGAUGAGAUAUCUGAAGAUGCAUUUUGCUUGGAUGGAAAGGAGACCUUCCAAUUCAGUUCUUCUGGGGUAGAGUUUCACCUUCCCCUUGAGGAACAUGUUACUGAAGAAGCUUGUAGCUUAAGCUUUGAAAAUGCUGAGAUGUUUUCUCGCGAUCUACCUGUUAAUGGGAUAGGUCUUGAAAGUAGCCAAACUUCCUUUCUAGAACCAGGUUGCUUCCCUGAACUAAUAGAAAGUUACUGUCUAUCUGAGUUACGCCCCCUUACAGAAUUAUCUACAGGACUAAAAUCUUCUCAUGAGGUCCUGAAAAACAGAUCCAUAGAUAUGGGGGAGGGAGAUCUUGGAAGAGAGAACGGUGGAUGGUAUGAAGAUGCUUAUUUAAGAAUUGUAGAAAAUCACAUUUCAGAACCAAGUGGUCAAGCUGGUUUGAAACCAAUUGUGGAAGGCCAGCUUUCAUAUCAUAACUCUGGUGUACCUGAUAAUACAGUAAACAUCAUAGGACGUGUACUCCUUAAGAACAUUAAUGUAAGAUGGAGAAUGCAUGCUGGGCUGGACUGGCACAAAACUAGAAAGAGUAACAUGUGUUCCAAUAAUAUUCUUGGAAAGGAUAGAACUGUAUGUCUAGAGCUUGCAGUAUCUGGGUUGGAAUUUCAAUAUGACAUAUUCACACCUGGUGGAGUAUCUGUGUCCAAACUUUCUCUUUCAGUCCAUGAGUUUCAUCUCUAUGACAAGAGCACAGAUGCACCUUGGAAACUGGUGCUAAGAUACUACGAUUCAAAAGAUCAUCCUAGGGAAUCCUCUUCAAAGGCAUUCAAACUGGACCUAGAGGCUGUAAGACCAGAUCCUUCUACACCUCUUGAGGAAUACCGGUUACGCAUUGCCCUCCUUCCUAUCCGGUUACAGCUUCAUCAAAGCCAACUUGAUUUUCUCAUCAGCUUUUUUGGUGAAAAAAGCACUUCACUUGAUCAGACUACUAGCUGUCAUCCAGAUACUGAUUUGUUGGUGAAGAAGAGCCAUAAUCUUGCUGGCCAUGCCAUUGCAAAUGAGGCAUUGCUACCUUAUUUUCAGAAGUUUGAUAUUUGGCCCAUUAUUGUUCGAGUUGACUAUAGUCCUCACCAUGUUGAUCUAGCUGCACUGAAAGGUGGUAAAUAUGCGGAACUUGUAAACUUUGUUCCAUGGAAGGGAAUUGAGCUAGAACUUAAACACGUUCAUGCUGUUGGUGUCUAUGGGUGGGGCAGUGUUUGUGAAACAAUUAUCGGGGAGUGGUUGGAAGAUAUUUCUCAAAAUCAGAUUCAUAAAGUAUUGUGUGGCUUUCCUACCGUCCAAUCUUUGGCUGCUGUUGGUGCUGCUGCUGCAAAGCUGGUUUCCUUGCCACUUGAGAGCUAUAGAAAAGAUCAGAGGGUACUGAAGGGAAUGCAAAGAGGUACAAUGGCAUUCCUUCGAAGUAUAUCACUUGAAGCUGUUGGACUUGGUGUGCAUUUGGCAGCAGGGACUCGUGACAUUCUGCUUCAGGCUGAGUAUAUGUUCACAAAUAUUCCUCCUCCUGUAUCAUGGUCUUCACAAGGCAAGUCAAAGACGAAGAAAAAGACAAAUGUUAGGCAUAAUCAUCCUAAAGAUGCCCAACAAGGAAUACAACAGGCUUAUGAGAGCAUCAGUAAUGGGCUUGGGAAAUCUGCUUCUGCUUUGGUUCAGACACCUUUGAAAAAAUACCAACGAGGAGCCAGUGCAAGUUCUGCUCUGGCAACUGCUGUUAGGGCAGUUCCUACUGCUGCUAUAGCGCCAGCUUCCGGUUGUGCAAGUGCAAUACACUGUGCUCUCCUUGGACUCAGAAAUAGCCUUGAUCCUGAACGCAAGAAAGAGUCGAUGGAGAAAUAUUUUGGUCCCACUCUGCCACGGGAUCCAAAUUAAUCUUGCAACCAACAGUGUCACUUCUGGAUUGUUGUGAUAGAUCAAAGAGUGUUCUUUCCUCGAGGAGAACACGGAUUGUCAUGUACCUCGACUUUUCGCUGGCGAGAGUUCGACUUUUCAUGUAUACAGUUAAUCUAGGCCAUUACACUGAUUCUUUUCUCGUCGGAAUCGGAUUCCGGCUGUAAGUUUUGUACAAAAAUGUAAUUAUGUAUAUCAGUAAUUAUUAGCAAAGUUUUAGCUUUCCUAUAGUGAUGGUCUUUCCCACUAAAAACAGUGAGGUGUGCUGUGUGCACGGUGCAUAUUGCUUCUGUUUUGUGUUGUAAAUAAACUCAUUGCAUAUUUGUUAUUCAGAAAAGAAAAAAGAAAGAAAAAGGAAGCAAUUUGAAUUCCUCUUUCAAAGAA